CGGUCCCCGGGGCGGCUUCGGGGGGGCGCCGCGGGAGGGGCGGGGGGCGGCGGGCACGGCCGGGGGCUUGCAGCGGCAGGAGCCGGCCAAGUUGAACUGGGAAAAGUUGCCGAGCUGCGACGCGGGGAACUUGCGGGGAUGGGAGGCAGCAGCCCCGCCGUUAAGACCGGCGGCCGGUGCGCCCGCUAGGUAGAGGGGAGGCAGGGCGAGGGGGCUGCGAGCCCUGCGAGCCCCCCGGGCCGCGUGGGACCGGCCCCUCCUCGCCCCCCCGUGGCACCGCGCAGCUUGGUGGCCCCGCGGGGCUGGGGCUUUGGUCCCCGCGUGGGGAUGCGGCGGAGCGGGGGGCGUCCCGCAGCCGUCGCCCCCUCCCCACCGCAUCCCCGCCGCUGCUCCUCACGGGUCCGGGGCCGCGGAGCGCGGCUCCUUCGGGCGGGCACCGAGACGAGACCCCGGCGGCGGGGAGGGGGCGGCGGAGACGUCCCUCGGGCCGGGUCCCCCCCGGGGGGUACCGGGCGGUCCCCGUGGGUCGGGCCCCCGCUAACCUCGCUCUCUCUCCGCUCGCAGGCGGCGGCGGCGGGGGCCGGGCCGGGGCCAUGCCCCCUGCGCGACGCUGAGCGCGGCGGCGGAGCCCCCCGGCCCGGCGCCCCCCCCAUGACCCUGCGCUCCGCCGAGCCCCUGGAGAGCGCCGGGGGUCCCCGGGAGCGCUGGGGGCGCCCCGGGGCGGCGGUGGCGGCCGCGCCCGUCGCCGAGGAGCCCCGGGAGGCGGCGCGGCUGGCCGCGGCCAUGGAGGAGCUGCGGCGCGCAGGAUGGUACUGGGGAAGCAUGAGUGUUGCUGAAGCCAAGGAGAGGUUACAGGAUGCCCCCGAAGGGACUUUUCUGGUUCGGGACAGCUCUCAUUCAGAGUACCUGCUGACCAUUUCGGUAAAAACAUCCGCGGGACCGACCAACCUACGCAUCGAGUACCAGGACGGCAAGUUUCGGCUGGACUCCAUCACCUGCGUCAGGUCCCGGCUGAAGCAGUUCAACAGCGUGGUGCAUCUGAUCGAGUACUACGUGCUUAUGUGCAAGGAGAGAACCGAAACGCCCUCAAACGGGACGGUUCAUCUUUACUUGAACAAGCCUCUCUACACGUCAGCUCCAUCCCUGCAACACCGCUGCCGGAUAACGAUAAACAAGUGCACAAACCAGAUCUGGGAGCUGCCCUUGCCAACCAGACUAAAAGAGUACUUGAAAGAGUACCGGUACCAGGUAUAGCUAUCUUUUUCUCAAUGCCUCCAACAUAGAGUAACUUUUAAAUGCAAUUCUUAAAAUCAGCCAAAGAACUGAGUAACCAGUUGCACGGCUCAGCGUGGAAUUCACUAUCAAAACAGUGGCAGUUCUGGGGAAAGGCUUUUAUUUCAGAUGCCACAAAGGGAGACUUUAUGUAGGAUAAUCCCAGCCUGCAUCCUCGGGGGUUUGGCAAGGUGGCGUGCUGUCCUUGUGAGGGGCGAGAAGCCAGGAACCCCUCUGGAUCGUGUUGCUUUGUCGAUGGCAUAAAAGCUGCACUAACUGCAAAGUGCUAACUGGAGCGGUGGGACAGGGAGAGACCACAAAAGACGUA